AUGACCCGCCAAUCUUCGGCGAGCUUCGCGCAGUUCUUCCCUGCAGCCCCCCGCGUCGCUAGGGACAGAGCCAACGAACGAGAAAAGGCAAAGGCUAAGGUUCAAGACUCGGCAGGUGGCCUGCUUAGCGGCUCCAAGAGCGGCGGCACCCCUUCGGUCAACGGCACAACUGGAGAAAGGUCAUCCACGGCUGAUGGCCUACCUUCCGACACUUCGCAACAGCCACACGACGGUCAUGAGUCGCCCUUAGGAGACACUCUCAACGCUGUCGGAUCUGCAAGCUCUUACGCGAGUACGGGCUCAUCCGUCUUCAGUACGGCUGCGCGACAAGCUGUCCCCAGCGGCAUAUCUUAUAUCCCUCCAUCCAGCGGCACGCCGCUCACCUCCAUUGAAUCACCUUCAUACCCAGGCAAUGCUGCCUUAUCGAAAACGACUAUGCCACAAGCACAAAACACCGAUCGGGGCGAGGCAGCGGUCUCACUCAAUACCCCAACAUCCCGCCUGAACAGCUCACUCCCGGAGCCAUAUCCUCAAAUUGAGCGCAUUCCCGCGCGAGAUCCCAAUCGAUCGCGAAAAGGCAUCAAGUGCACAUAUGAUCCCUUCAACGACCGGACCCUAUCGAAGCACGGCAGAAAAGAUGCCAAGCCGAUAUAUAAGGAGUUUGGAUUGGAAGAUGAUGACGCCCCCCCUCCAGACCCUCGUCUCGCCAAAGGUGGGCGAUUGGGUUAUAUCAACACCGAUUUUCAUCUCCCAAAGUCCCGAUUGCGACAGUCGCCGUACAACUUGAAACCAUACACCUAUUGUCCUAAGACCUCAAUUGGUCCUGGGCCGCCUACACAGAUUGUCGUUACUGGCUUCAAUCCUCUCAUCACCUUUUCAAAGGUGACGGCGGCCUUUGCGUCGUUUGGCGACAUUGCUGAGAGCAGUAACAAAAUGCAUCCUGAGACGGGCAGCUACCUAGGUUUUGCAACGUUUCGGUAUAAGGAUGCGCAUCCCAGCAGAUCGAGACCCAACCCCAUUGUGGCCACUGAAUCAGCGCGCCGAGCUGUUAAAGCCAUGCACGGGCAACGAAUCGAGGCAAACACAAUUCGAGUCGAAUACGAUCCUGAAGGAAAGAAAAGCCGUCGCAUGCUCGAGGAAGUUCUACAGAAAGACAGAGUUACACGGGAUGCUUCUAUUGCAAAGGCGCCGCCCACCGGCCCUCGAAUUGCGCCCGAAAAGAUUCCUGGGCCACCACCGAUGGCACCAAAGGGUCCUUCUUCUCACAGACAGGCCGUGGCCGGUGUGCCUGCUUGGGUCCCUAGCCAGCCCAAGAUGCACAUUGCGCUCGAAGAGAAGGUUAUCGCGAAGCAGCUUGCCGGCGAGCCGUACAUUUUCGUUGCGCAUGAGCAUGUUCCAGUCAUGGUUACGACCAUACCUCACAUGAAGAAACGACUAAAAGCGUUUGCCCUUGAGGACAUUCGCAUCGACCGAACGGGAUACUACAUUCUGUUUCCCAACUCCUUUCACGGACGUAAUGAGGCUUCGAAAUGCUACAGAGCAGCUAACCAUACCGACUUGUUCACGUAUAACAUGGUGAUGCAACUAUCGCUUCCGCCCUCGACAGGCCAAGACUCCGAAUCUGCAGCUCCGCCACCACGACGGCGAACCCCCAGUCCCGAGCGCAAACGCCGAACGGAUAUACGAGUGCGCGAGGAUAAGGAUCGUCGUCGUCGUGAAGAGGAAGCAGACCUUGAGGAAGAGAAGCGACAGAGAGCUAAGAACUUUGAUCCGGUCCUCGAGGCUUGCGAAGUGGUCACCCGAGAGCUAGCAGAGCACUUGAUCAAGCACAUACGGACAAGAGUUGCCGCUCCUGCUCUGACUAGCUUUCUGGAUCCAGCAAAUCACGCAAGCAAGCGACGAAAGCUCAACUUGGAGGACCCGGCUGGAUCUGUCCCGUCUGUCACCGUCGAUGCCGGCGAUGAGAGCCCUGGAGUUAGUACACCCAACUCUGGCGCAGAUCCAAUUGAGCGUCGCACAGGUCGCCUGGAAAUUGCUGCUCUGCCACGUAUCCGCAAGGCCAAGGCUACUGCCCAAGGAGCCUCACGCAAUCAUGGAUUCACGGACCCGUUCUCCCGCAAGCGCGCAGCACAACAGAGCCGUGGUGCCUUCCGAUCAUUGCACCAUCGUCUCAAGAGCUACGAUAGCGAUGCUGAGUCCGAUGAUGAGGCCGCCAUCAGGGAGUCCCUGGCGAGGGAUACUGAAGAGCCUGACUCUCGACCCCGUAGCCGUAUGAGCACAGACGACGACGUCAAGGACGACUUUGCCUCCUGGGGUCCCGGCGAGGAGGACUCUAUGACGGAGGCAAGCUUCGCUAUUGGCGAUGGCCUAGCCUCGACGAAGAAGAGGAAGCUCGACUUGGAGAUCCAAUCGGCGAUCAAGCGUCAGAAGAAGUCCGAUGAAGAACUAUUCGGAGUCAACUUGGAGGGCGUCGAGACUGACUUGCUGGCUUCUUCAGAGGCCACACCCGAUGUUGACCUACUCGAGACCCAGAGCAAUCGCUCAGAGACUCCUGCGCUAUCGGCUGCCAAGGGAUUGGCAAAGAAGCAGAAGUUAAAGAAGAAGUCAAAGAGGCAAGUCUUCGAGGAAAGGGAGGCCUUGAAGAAGCAGCAAGUUCAGAAUCCCACAGAGACAGAAGAGGAGACACCAGUUCCGGUCAAACCCUUGCCGGAAGAGGUUGAGACCGAGGUUUUGCCUGUAGAGAAGAAAGAGGAAGAACCAGAGCCGCAGAAGGCCAAGGCAGAUCCCUCAUUAUUCACUACCACGCCAGCUCCAGCCCUCGGCCUGUCUGGCGAUUUCAGGCUCGAUAUCUCUGCACUGCAAGAGCUGUCGUUGUCUGCGGUUGACAGUCCAGAUAUCUCGAAACUCAGAAAGAGGUUUACUGGGGCAGAUUUCGGUGACCCGCUUCUGUGGUUAUGGCGGCGUAAUCGUGUUCGAGAGCUCAACUCCGCCACUGGAUCGGUUGACCAGGCUGUGGGCAUCGAUGGCUACUAUGUACCCAACUCCACCGGCGCUGCUCGAACCGAGGGUGUCAAGAAGAUUCUCAACGCCGAAAAGUCCAAGUAUCUGCCUCACCACAUUAAGGUUCAGAAGGCCAGAGAAGCACGUCAAGCGCGGUACAACAAGGACGGCAAAGACGCAGCGAUUGAGGCUAGCAGGCUUGCUGUGGCAGAAAAGGCGGUGGCAAAGGGCAAUUCGAGAGCAAAUCGUGCCAACAACCGUCGGCAUGUCUCUGCACUCCAAGAUGAAAAGAAGAUUUCGGGCGACUCUGACGCGUUCAAGUUCAACCAGCUUAAAAAGCGGAAGAAGCCUGUCAAGUUUGCACGAUCUGCUAUUCAUAAUUGGGGUCUAUACACGGAGGAGAAUAUUAACAAGGAUGACAUGAUCAUCGAGUACGUCGGCGAGCAGGUCAGACAAUCAAUCUCGGAGAUCCGAGAGAAGCGUUACCUCAAGAGCGGUAUGGGCAGCAGUUAUCUGUUCCGUAUUGACGAUAACACGGUCAUCGACGCAACCAAGAAGGGUGGCAUUGCUCGUUUCAUCAACCACAGCUGUAUGCCCAACUGCACUGCCAAGAUUAUCAAGGUCGACGGAACCAAGCGCAUCGUCAUCUAUGCGCUCCGCGACAUUGCUCAACGUAUGCUACCCAACCUCGAUCCUCUCUUUGUGUUUUCACGUGGAACUAACAUCAGCGCAGAUGAGGAGUUGACAUACGACUACAAGUUUGAGCGAGAGAUUGGCAGCUUGGACCGUAUCCCCUGCCUUUGCGGUACGGCGGCGUGCAAGGGAUUCCUCAACUAA